AUGCGACUCGCAUCAUCUAUCCUCCUGAUUUCCACAGCGGUUGUGACGUGCAGCGUAAUUUCUGCGAUUGCACUUCGUUCUGAGGCUGAGAACGGCGGCGAGAAGCCUGUCAAGCGGUUUCCGAAAACGAGCGACACCACGGACAACGAAGAUAGGAUGAUUAGCAUGCCUAACCUUGCGGCAACACGGGCGGGUGAAUUCUUGGCACCGAAAGGGGAGGUGAUGCUUGGUUACACCGGACCCGAUUAUCGUCCAGCUCUUGUCAAAUCUCUCAAGCAGUUCGAAGACGGAGCGGAUGUUCGAGUUUCCGAGAUUCUCGCGUACCAACAUCCCAAGAUCUCCGGCGCAGAUGUUCAAGCUUCCGAGAUUCAUGCCAACCAAGACCCCAAGAUCUCCGGCAGACCCGUGAUGGAAGAAGGUGGUGCGGCGCGGAACGGAGCCAGUAUUGAGCCUACCGGACAAGAACUAGAUACUCGGAAGAAGCUGGAGGUCAGAAAAUUGACAGUGAGGGUGAGCGGCUGGAUUGAAGAUGGGAAGUAUUCUCCCGAUGAAGUGCUCCAACUCCUUAAAAGAGAAUAUCUCGGGCCCAGCUUUUUCACGGAUUCGAUCCUCGGCACGCUGAAUCUUUUCAUCGAGCUACUCAACAAGAAGAAUGAGAAAACGGAAGGGUUCAUCAAGGACACUCUGUUAAAAGUGUUGUUGAGAGACUUUGGUGGGUACAGUCUCGCUCGUGUACUUUCCGUUGCCAAGACCAAAGCCGGCGAUGGGAAACUCGCUAAAUCGCUACAAACCGAGCUACUGCAGCAGUUGGUAGGCAAAAAGUAUUCUGUGGACGACGUCUUCAAGGGCAUGUGGACCAUCGACAAGUCAGUAGGCGUGAGGCUCCUUGCUUAUACCGUUGUGGACACGAUGAAGACAUUCAUCGGCUUGUUUAACAAGAAACAUCCGGAUUCAUCCGUAAACACGUUUGAGUACCUGAUGUCAAUGCUUAAGGGUGACCAUAUCCUUGGACUUCUGCUUCGUAAAGCAAAAGAAGAGAAUCACGAUGUUUUGAACCUUGAGAUGGAAUUACAUCACAUGUGGGCGGAUGAUGACAAUAUAGCGCCGAGAGAUCUCGCUCCUUACAUCGAGGAAAUGCUGGGUGAGGGAAAGCAGGCCACCAGGAAUACUCUAGAUAUGGACGUGUCGUCUAUCGUGCAGAAAAUGGAGAAGGACUACAACAAGUUCUACAUGAAAAAAUUCCCGGACGACGUAAAGAACCACAUGACUUUUGCCCAAUAA